GCGGCGCCCUGGCCUCUUCCACGGAAUCACUGUGCUGAGACUCACCGCGCCGCCCUUCUCAGCUUCUCCGCAGCCCAUUGGCCCAAAGGAUCGUCGUGCCAAUGGCGACCAUCGGAUGGCGCGGCCCCACCGGGCGAAGGCGCAGGAAGAGCGUGAGGAGGCCGAGGUUGAGAAUCUGAAGGAGGCUGAAGAGCAACUCCAAAAGUGUAAGAAAGGGAAACAGGCCCGGGUUCAGCAAGCUGAGAAGGAGGCUGAAGAGCUGGCAGCGCCGCAAAAGCGUAAGCAGAAGAGGAAAAAGGGCGAAGCUGAGCAAGCUGAGAAGUGGGAGGAGCUGGCACCCAUAGAGGUGAAGAAGGAGAGCAGAAAGGAGGAGUGAGAGGGAGCUGCAAGUCGUAUGCUGAAUGCUUUCUACAGAUGCGUCCAGAGCGUAAUCAAACAUCCCAAGCAGGGCAGGAGCUUGACGAGAAGAAGCUGUUGGAAGAGAACUUCGGCCUCAGGCAGAAACGAGAUGAGCAAGCACUCAUUUCUCAGGUGUUGCCACUGGAAGGGGAAGCAGGGGAGGAAGAGGAGAGUGAGGAGGACAAGCCCACAUCGCGGCAGAUGAAAGAGCUCAUCGCGCCAUUACCUCCCACCAAGUCUUUUCAGGGAACCUGGUGGCGACCGGUAGAGCUUUUGGGUAUGCAGUUUUUUUGCUUUGAAUGCAAGCUUCCCUCACAAACGUGGUGGGCCGUGCUACCGGAUCGCUCCAUCUUGCGGCCAGCUUUCUACCGCGCCCAUCCCACUGCGACGCGCCACGACGUGCGGCUGCGCCUCCAGCACCUCCAAGAAGCAGGCUGUCCGGUGCCGUGGGUCUUGGCAAAGGAACUGGAGGACCAGAAGCUACCACACUAUUCAAAGAGAGACCAGAAGCUUCGUGCCGUAAAGCUGCAAAAGCUCAUCGAGGAGCUGGAGGUCGACAGAGUCUGCCUCGAUGACCUCGACGCGUCCUCGUCCUCGCGCAUGUGGCCUGAGAUGGAGAGCUUCUGUGGGCAGAGGCCUGAGGCCGAAAAGAACUUCUACUGCAGAUCUUACAGCGACAGCGGCUGGCCUCGAUUUCUGCCUCUUCAGCAGCACCCCUUUCUGCGUCGCUUGGGAGCAGAGGUCCUUUGGGAGCGUGAGCGGAAGGGCGGCAUAGAGACCGGCUGGUUUCAAACGCGGGGCGCCAGCUGCUAUCCGUGCUUGGUGGCAGGUCGCCACUGCCGUGGACGCAAGCUCCAUCCCAGAUUGGGAUUGGCCAUGGCGUGCACGUCUUGUCGCCUGGCCGGGCUCUCCGUGCGCCAGUGUGCAGUGGCCCUGUGUUUGGAGGGAACGCCUUCAGCGACCUUGACCGAUCAUUGGGCCAGAGUUCAGCCCGACCUCAGCACUUGCCACGUGUGCCGCUGCCCGCCCGAACGACCGCGGCGGACACCGCAGGGCGCUGUGCCGUGCACGGUGUGCGUCGGCUGCCAUGCCUGGCUGUGUCACAAGACCAGCUGCCAUGCUGACGCACAAGUGCGCCAGGACCUGCCUUAUUGGUUAUGCUGUCACUGCCUUGGCGUUCCUCUCGCAUGUUUCUGUCUGCAGACACAUGCCGACGCUGCCCAACUCUUGAACAACGUCCACAUGCUGAUGCCGAAAGCCUCGAAAGCCUUGAUCACCCAGUACCCGCAGCCGAAGACCGCCGCCCAGUUGCACCGGACGAGGGCCUUGAGACGCUGGUGGGGCCGCACGAGAUUGCUGUCUCCAAGGCCAUCCCGAGCGUCCUGGUUGGACUAUGCUGGAUUGCUUCGAAAGAUGACCAUUGUGGAGUUUGAGCGCUUCAAAGCUGCCGUGCAGCGGCUGCGAGCAGAAAUCAUGGGCCUCGACAGGAGACGUCAGCGGAUCACGUGCAUGAAGUGGCUGAUGAAGGUCCAAAGCUUUGCAGAGCCCUCUUUGAUCUUCACCUUCCUGCUGCGGCUCCAGAAUGAACAUGACAAGGAGCGGCGGCUCAUGGAGUGGGAACCCAUCUACCGUGCCACGCGGCGCCGUUGGGUUCUGUCGCCGUUGGACGCGGAACUGGGCUUUUGGCAAAUGCGGCACAGGAGGUUCGUUGCGGAGCUGGGGGAGAAUGACUUUCCGCCGAGCCAGAGCUGUUUCGUCCAGCUCCGGGAGAGGAUUCCCACCCAGCUGAAAUGGUGGAGAGUCCACCGGCAGCUCCAGCACCAAGCGCUGCGUGGCGCCCACGGCUCCGCUGCAACCCCGCACAAGCUCCGCCGCCUCCGCCGGCUCAAGCGGCGACGUCCACUUCUCCGUGGGCCAGCGCCCAAAAAUCACUCGCGGCAAGUCGGCUUCGAGGAGAAAGGCACCAUACAACGCUUCCAAUUGGAAAGUGAAAGUGAAGAAGUGGACUCUCCCAUUGACAGCAGCUGGUGAGCCCGGUCGUAGCGCUGCCCACAAUGUGGUGAAACGCCGCAUCUCAACACGUGUGUCGUGGAUGCG